GGGCAGUGCCGGUGUGCUGCCCUUUGCCCUGAGACCUCAGACUGCACAGGCUCCCAGGGCAGGCAGGUAGCGGCCACAGAAGAGCCAAAAAAGCUCCCGGGUUGGCUGGUAAGCACGCCAGCUCCAGCUUUAGCCCUCUGGGGCCAGCCCGGGUAGCCGGGAAGGAGUGGUGGCCCGCCCGCCAGAGAGCAGCUGGGCCCCGCCCGGGCCAGCCCCGGGAGAGGGAGGGUGAGGGGAGGGUAGGAAAGCGGAGGGGUGCCUCGCCCCUACGGGGCUGCCGGCGUGCCAUUGGCCGAAAGUUCCCGCACGUCACAGCGAGGGCAGUUCUCCUAAAGUCCUGUGCACAUAACGGGCAGUACGCACUCCGAGGCGGCUUCUCCAGAGGGCGGGCUGGAACUGGCUGGCAUCGUGAGCCCCUAGCACCCGACAAGCUAAGUGUGCAGGACGUGCCCCCACCACACCCACCUCACGGCCGCUGAAUGAGGCUUCCAGGCGUCCGUUCGCGGCCCUCAGAGCCCCGCCGGGGAUCCGCCCGCUGAGGCGCCGGCAGCCAGUGCGCUCACCUGCCAGACUGCGCGCCAUGGGGCAACCCGGGAACAGCAGCGCCUUCUUGUUGGCGCCCAAUGGAAGCCACGCGCCGGACCACGACGUCACGCAGGAACGGGACGAGGCGUGGGUGGUGGGUAUGGGCAUCGUCAUGUCGCUCAUCGUCCUGGCCAUUGUGUUUGGCAAUGUGCUGGUCAUCACAGCCAUUGCCAAGUUCGAGCGUCUGCAGACUGUCACCAACUACUUUAUCACUUCACUGGCCUGUGCUGACCUGGUCAUGGGCCUGGCAGUGGUGCCUUUUGGGGCCAGCCAUAUUCUCAUGAAAAUGUGGACUUUUGGCAACUUCUGGUGUGAGUUUUGGACUUCCAUUGAUGUGCUUUGCGUCACGGCCAGCAUUGAGACCCUGUGCGUGAUCGCGGUGGAUCGCUACUUUGCCAUUACUUCACCCUUCAAGUACCAGAGCCUGCUGACCAAGAAUAAGGCCCGGGUGAUCAUUCUGAUGGUGUGGAUCGUGUCAGGCCUUACCUCCUUCUUGCCCAUUCAGAUGCACUGGUACCGGGCCACCCACCAGGAAGCCAUUAACUGCUAUGCCAAGGAGACCUGCUGUGACUUCUUCACGAACCAAGCCUAUGCCAUUGCCUCCUCCAUCGUGUCCUUCUACGUGCCCCUGGUGGUCAUGGUCUUCGUCUACUCCAGAGUCUUUCAGGUGGCCAAAAGGCAGCUCCAAAAGAUUGACAAAUCUGAGGGCCGCUUCCAUGCCCAGAACCUUAGCCAGGUGGAGCAGGACGGGCGGACGGGACAUGGACUUCGCAGGUCUUCCAAGUUCUGCUUGAAGGAGCACAAAGCCCUCAAGACGUUAGGUAUCAUCAUGGGCACUUUCACCCUCUGCUGGCUGCCCUUCUUUAUCGUCAACAUUGUGCAUGUGAUCCGGGAUAACCUCAUCCCUAAGGAAGUUUACAUCCUCCUAAAUUGGGUGGGCUAUGUCAACUCUGCUUUCAACCCCCUUAUCUACUGUCGGAGCCCAGAUUUCAGGAUUGCCUUCCAGGAACUUCUGUGCCUGCACAGGUCUUCUUUGAAGGCCUAUGGGAAUGGCUACUCCAGCAACAGCAACGGCAACACAGGGGAGCAGAGUGGAUAUCACCUGGAACAGGAGAAAGAAAAUAAACUGCUGUGUGAAGACCUUCCAGGCACGGAAGACUUUGUGGGCCAUCAAGGUUGUCUUUUUGGCAUUUAUGCAAAUGAAGUCCCAGAGAAGAUGAUCCUGGAAGGUGUCACUGCAGAUAGAAUGUGAGGAAGGGGCCUGGAUUAGCCUCUGUGUCUGAGGCUGGUGAGAGCUGGUUAGUCUCGGAGGUGCUGAGUUGGCAGUAUCCUGGAGGAAAGAGCAGUUUUGCUUCAAGGGAUCUCAUAAACACUUAGCAAAACCCUUCAACACCCGAAUAAUACAGAGUACAGCUUCAUCUGAUCCCUUCCUAUCUCUUGGGAGGACUUGGAAGUUCAGUUCCACAGGACUGCUGCAGGGAGAGGGGCAAGAACUGGGGAACAUAGUGUGUCCCUCCUGCACUGCUUUACCUGGUGGGACUCCCUGCUACUUCACCUGCUUAUUUUGCAGCUUGCUGAAUUUCCACAUGUCUGACCUGAAUUGUUAAUGGUUUCAAUGGUCUGGAUAUAGGAAAAGACCCAUAACUUUCUCAGGCCCUGGAAGUGACGGGAGCUGCUGCUGUAAACUGACAUAAAUAUGAACACACCAGACCUAUCUCAGAGUAGCCUUGAUCUUGCCCUGCAGUAGCCAGAUAGGGAACUUCCCAGCAGGAGGAUCAGAGUUAUUCAUCUCAGAGCCCGGUCCAAAGAGGUGCUCAAAGAGCAGUUAGUGAAUAUGCAAUUAAUGUAGAAUGAAUGAAUGCAUGACAACCACUGCUGAGGUCAGUCAUAUGUGCCAUACGCAGACAUGAAAAAGAUAAUCAAAGAAAGCUUUGUGGUAGAGGUGUCAUUUGAAUGACCUUGGGGUCAGAUAAAAAUUUCAGCAACACAGGAGACUCUACUGUUAUAGAGUUAAACACACAGGGGCUCUGGAGUCUAGCAUCUGAUUGAGUUUGAAUUCUAACACCCCUCAUGUACAAGAUGUGCCUCUGUGCAAAAUUCUUAGCUUCUCUACACCUCAGGUUUCUCAUCUGUAAAGUAGGGAUAAUGACGGUACCUACCUCGAGGACUGUAUGUGAGCAUUAAGUGAGAGAAAGCACAUAAAGCACUUAGCAGAGAGCCUCAGUGAUUGAGCCUUGUGAUCACAUCAUCAUCAUCAUCAUCAUAGCAAUCAUUAUCAUUGAGGAAAGUGGAGAAGAUAUUCCACAGGAAGGGACUUGAGGGAGUGAAGCAGCCGGGAGGCAGCCAGUUUGCUUAUGAUUUCCAUAGGUUCAACUCACCCAAGCUAUUCUCAGCUAAAGUUUGCAAUCCUGCUAACAGACUUCAGUGGCUUCUGGGGAGCGUUGUAGCAGGAAUGAUCAACCGCUUGCCCUCAUCAGCAGCCUCUGUCCUGAUUGGCUGUAUUAAUCCAUGCUGCCCAGUGGUCUGGCUGUGAUUUCCUCCUCCAACAAUGAGGACUCUUACUCUGGAACACAGCCUACAGAGUGCAGCAAUGGGAAACCCCUGCAUCUGUGGACCCUGGACACAGAUCCUCUCCAUGGCUGUAUUUCCCUUGAAGAGAGCUCAAUAAGGACACCCAGAAGCUGCAGUGCCAAUCAACAUCAAAGAAGUGGUCAGGGUGCAGGAAGAGCCACAGAAUUGCCAGAAGCUAUUGCUGAACUUUUGUUCCUAGAUGGGGCCAGUUAGGCCUGCAUGUCACUGCAGCAGGCAUCCCUCAGUGCUGUGAGUCCUGGUGGACCUUGUUGAUUCCUCAUACAUUUCUUAUCACCCCAUGUGAAUGAGACUCAACUGCUUCACAUUUUUUUCACUACACUUAUCACUGCCUGAUAUUAUAUUACAGUAGUGAGUUUUGCACCUCUUAUAUUAAGACAGUGUCUGCCACAUAGUAAGCACUUAGUAUUUGCUGAAAGUUGUAAAAAUGCAUCAGUGAGUAUCCCACAGUGCCUGGCAAAUAAUAGUUAUUCCAUAAAUAGCUGUCAAAUAGUGAGCAUUGGCCUCUGUCCGGGGAACAAGGAUGAGGGUGAUACAGAUGGGGAGCAUUUUGUUCAGGGAAGCUUUUCUGGAUGCGGCAUUUGAGCUAGACCUAAAAAAAUGGAGUAAAAUUCCACAAGGAAGGCUUAGCAGUGGGGCAUUCCAGACAAAAAGGACAAGUGUUUAGACAUGGAAAGCACUGGGAACGUUGGGAAUAGCUCAAUUUGGCUGGUGGACUGAAAACACAAAGAGGAAUUACAAGAAGCUAUGCCUGGAGAAGCUUCCCCAGUUCUAAAGGGUCUCAAAGGCCAUCCCAAAGAGCAGGGGCCUGGCUCCCUCAGGUGGUGGAAAGUCAAUGGUGGUCUUUAAGGAGGUAAGUAAGUGGGCUGACCAAUGCAUUAAGAAGAUUAAUACAGCAAUGUCUUAAAGAGUGGUUUUGAGGUGGAAGGGAGACAGAAAACAAAGAUCUGAAGCCAAAAACAUGGAGAAACUGUAAACAAGGCUCAGUGCAACACCAGAUGUUGGUUGAACACAGUCAGCAGGGAAGAGGAGAGUCAGAGAUAAAGUUGAAGUGCCUGCAUGGCUGGCUGAAAGAAGGAUGGUGCUGCUGCAGCCUGAGCAGAGGUCAAAAGAAGGAGCAGAGGGGCCUGGGGGUACGAAAAGGAGAACGGUGCAAAGACUCAUCCUAUCAUCACCCAGAUUCCCCAUUUGGUGAAUGCCUGUAGGCAUAAAAGUGCCAAAGUCUCACUGACUGUUGGAAACGAAGACUGAAACUCCACAUGUAGAUGAGGAAUGGAUGAAUUUCGAGAGUCACCUCCAUGGAAGGAGACUACCUAGGCCUUAGGGUCAGCACAGUUUCUGGAAUUGGGUAAAUCUAAUCCCAGCUCUUCGUCUUCUUGUGUGUAUGACUUUGGGCAACUCUUUUAACUCAUCCAAGCCCCUGCUUUCUCACCUAUAAAAUGGGAAUGAUAAUAAAUCUACCUCAUAGAGUUUUAUUUAGAAUUAACAUAUGCAUGGUAUUUACUAGAGGUAAAAUACUCAAUAUGCAUCAACAAUUAUUAAUAUUAUCUUAUUUUUAUUUAAGGCAGAGGUUGCAAAUACGAAUGCCUUUAUAGGCUAACUGGGAAGAAAAAUGAAUUAAGCCAAUUCUCCACCUAAAAGGAAAGUGCCUAUUCAUCUUCAGCAAAUUACUCUACUUGGGAGUUUUGAUGAGGUUGUCACACUGUGCAAUUCAUUAAGAGAAGUAGGAAAUCUGGACUUUGGAGGGUUAAAUUUUUCCAUUUUAAACUGUUGAGUCUACAUUUAAAUUACAAGAUAAUAUUGUGGAAUUCAAGGUGUACGGAUUGAACAACAUGUAUGUGGAGCUGGUAUAUCCCGUGGGCUGCAAUCUGUGAAAUCUGAUUUAAAACAGGCUUCCAGCUUGAUGCAGAGAUCCUUGGUGCCCUUUUGGAAAAUGGAGCUGCCCCUUCAUUCUCCUGAGAUACUAAGCUCCAACCUCUCCCACGUGUCAAACAACAGGCAUGCAGUGAAUAACUCGAUUGUCUCCAAGCCUGAAGUUCUGCGAUCUCUAGUGUUCAAGGAUGUGGAGUCUGGCAUGAAGAGAUCAUUUGGGGAGGGCUGAAGGGCCGAGGGAGAUGGCCAGAGAGGCCAGACCUGGUGGCAGCCUGAUAUGCGGCAGCGAGGAGAGGCCUGGAGUUAUGUUCCUGCUGUGGAUAAAGACAAGAGAAGUGUUGAAGCUAGCUAGAGACAAGAAGCAGGUUAUCUGACCUGACUAGUUAAACCACUUUACUAACAAUUACAGCUGAAUCAAACCAAAUAUGAAUAGGAACGUGUGUGUGUGUGUGUGUGUGUGUGUGUGUGUGUGUGUAUGCCACCCACCUGAGCCGGGUGACAGAGGGAGAGAAUGGGCCUGAGUGUGUAUCUGCUUCAUCUGCUUGUUUUUCUCAAGUUCGUUCCUGUGUGGCAGAACUUUCUAAUCUCUUGUACUCACAAAGAGGGAAAUAUCAGCUGCAGCUCUGUUUCCAGAAACCUUCAUAGCACCACCUCCCUGCACCCCUCUGAGCCACCUGAUCCCUUACCCCCAGGUUUUCAGGGUCUGCAUGUGUAGCCAUACCUCAGCGUUCUAGAACCCAGAGUGGAGACGUAGAGAAUCCUACAAGCAAGCCUGAGUGUUAGAGCCACCAGCAGGCUCAGACUCUCUUGCCAAAAGAUGGCUGCUAUUCCAGGGCCUGCACUGCAAAGAUGGGCAGGUCAAUGCAUGCCCAGCAGGGACAAAAGAAACACUGCUAUUGUACCAGCUGAUUGAGGUGGGGAUGCUGGGAAGGCAAGAUUAUUUUUCAGUAAAGUGCCUCAUUAGCCCAAAGUGAACAUUUGGUUUCCUCUACUUCACUGGAAUAUUUGACUUUGAAUCCAUGUUUACUUUCUACCUCUGAAUCGAUGUAUCCUAUGACUCUGUGACAAAUGACAUUUACAAAAAGAGGUUUUCAAUAUAUUUUUAGCAACAGAGCUCUUUCUUUAAAAUGAUAUAUUACUCUAGACCCAAUAUAUAAAAUAUGUUUUGUAAUUGAGUGAUUAACAUGUUCUUUGGUUGAUCUGAAUCUUUAUUUUUGACGGUAAAGCCUUUGUUACUUUCAAAAUCUCAGAAAUGCCUAACAGGAAACUUCAGAUUCUUUGGAGCAUGCUGUAAAAAUCACUGAUAGAGUCCUCACUUUCUGAGGUGUUGGGGUUCUGAGUGAGGAGAAUUCACAACUCUCAUCUUUAACAAUGUGAAAUGAAGAUGAUAGAAGGGAAUCACAGCAUUUCAUGGCAUUUUAGUGAUAACAUUUGAAUGGGAGGUAAGUCACUUUGUAUAUUGGAAAGAGAAAGAAUUGUGCAGAAAAAAAAAAAAGGUCAGGACCCGGUGUUCUGGUUUUGGCUCUAGGGAGUGUUGACUCUAACCAUUUGAGAAUUGGCACUCACUGUGUGCCACUGGAGAAGGCCCUUCUUGUCUGUGGAUGCAGAUCCUCCAUUUGUAGGCAUCACCUCACCUGAACAUCUAGGCUGCUGCUCAAUGUGUUGACCCAAAAUGCUGCACUAUCACAAAACUCUACGGGUACUCAGUGUGCCACAAAAUAGACCCAUGCCCUCUACACUGCCAAAUGUAUGUACUGAUACUAAGCUGUACAGGGUAAUUCCAUACAAAGCAAUGGAAAUGAAUUGUUAGAAGGUUUCCCGUGGUUACAUGAGGUACAGCAGAGGAGCAAAUGUGGCCACAGUUAGAAGCGCCAACCUGGAGCUAGCCCUAGAUUUUAGUCCUGACUGUAUCAAUUACUGGUUAUGUGACCCAGGCAAGCCACUUACCUUCUUGCCUUCUCCAUAAUAAGAUGAAAACAGCAUGGCAGUGACCUUCCAGGCUGCUAAGUGAGUUGAUUUACACAGCACCAUGGAAAAGCCCUCAGGUUUUGAUUGUUCCCAGACCUGGAUUCAAAUUCCUUUUCUUCCACAAAUAAGCGAAGUACUUUGUAAACCUCAAUUUUCUCAUUUGUCAAAUAAGGGUAACUAUUAAAUCAAAUAAUAUUUGUAAGACACUUUAGUUAGAACUGUACUUGUGAUAUAGUGAGCACCUCCCAAAAAAAUGAUGUGGCCAAGGGUAAAGAUACUUGGAAGCAAACAGUGACAGUUAUAGACGAAGAGCCCAGCUCGAGAAUGAGGACUCGACUUUCAUUCUGCCCAUGCCACAUGUCCUGGGUGACAUCAGGAGUGCUCUUCUCUUUCUGAACCGGAGUAUCUCCAUCUGUACAAGAAAAAUGGUGCACUGACAAUCAGAUUCUGAUAUUCUCUGGUUUUAUGGUGGACUCUUUCCUUCCAGUCACAGCUUCGUGGAGGGAUGUGGGAAUCAGUGUCAAGCACCACAACUCAAAUGUCUUUAGGAUUAGGCAUCAGGCAUCUUCAGAGUGAUAUGACCAUCUUGAGUCACAUUUUUCUCAAGACAGUUACAAAAUUGACCUAUUAAAUAUGAAAGAAUAUUCUUCACAUCCUCAAAAAAAAUGUCAUCACUCUCAUUUUUCUUGAACCACUGACAGCCUCAAAUUUGGAGAGGGGGCACCCUGAAGUAAAUGGGACACUUAAGUGCCAUCUGAAAUGGCAUCUGUAUUCAGCAACAGUUCAUUGUUGCCAAAACAGAAUGAAGGCCCAGUGCUACUAAAUAUCGCAGAUUUUUAAGAAAAGAUAGAAAUCAGACUUCUGUGUGUGUGAAAUCUUGGGGUCAUUAUAAGAGAGCAAAUAAUUCAAGAUUUUUUAAAAAAACAAUACUUUUGCAAUCUGCAUAUUCAGUUCAUGGGUAGCAUUUUGCCAUUUCAGAUGUGACCAGUUCCUAAAACAUAGCAGUAGGUGUUGGAUGAUGGGGUCUGAUGCUCCCUGCCUCCACCCCACAAAAAGGAGGAUUCACAGACGAGGCCUUAGACCUUGAAUCAGACCUAGAAUGCAGGAUCUUCACUCCAGAUCAUACAUGCUCAUCAUGUUUGGUAGGAACAGAGUGAGUAUCUGACCUACAAACAGCUCUCCAUUGUUUUCAAAAUGUAAGAUCUAUAGAAAUCACUUGGGAAUAAAAUCACCUGGGGAGUUUGGGUAAGAUGUCUCAGGAGCCACCCACAGAACUUCUGCCCCAUCAAGUCUGAAGUGGGCCUCAGGAAUCUGCCCAGAUGGUUUCACAGCCUCCCUUGGGGAAACUGAUCUCAGGUCUAGCCAGGGGCCAAUGGCUGUAGAAGUUCCGCCAAAUGUGGAGACUCACUGCCAGCAGGUGCUCAGCUGAACCAAUUGCUGCACUGAAGGGGAACAGACUGAAGAGUGCUGAUUUGCCUUUUUAGGGGAGCAGGGACAUAGACACACUCAUGUUACUCACUUACUAGAAGUUUAUUUUAAAAAUGCACAGAGAAGUAAGGAAACCAUCUGAGCUGCAGAAACCAUCUGAACUGCAGAAUCAAACCCCAUGGAGUCCACAAAAUUGUUCCACCAUUGGAAUGUUUUUCACUCUUGUCUCAUCUGUCCAUAAGCAUUGGACUUCUGUGUUUCUGCCUCUUCUGAUCAUGAGCAUUAUUCCUAUGCCUUACACUUUUCUCUUGCUCUCCAGGAGAAAAGGUCUGUUUGGUUCAACCAGCUGCUUGUCAGAGCAGUGUUCCUGUGGACAGAGCAUGAACACCUCAGAGGCUGCUGGCCAGUCCAUAGCUAGUAGGCUUUGGGUCAAGCUAUUCUGUAUUGCAUCAGCUGUGGCCAGGAUGCCAAAGUCAGGUGAUGCUAAGCAUCCCAACCUGUGGCUCAGGAACCUCUCAGAGAAAGGCUAGGGGAUAGUAGGCUCCUGGCAUGACCAACUGCUAUGAUAUGGUGGUGGAGAAAGGUAACCAAAAUAGGCAAAGAAAGAGAAGCUCCAUGAGUAUGAAGAGACAGAUGUCCCAAUAAGAGCACUAUACCUUGGCUGGUGACAGAUGCUAGUCAGGGAGAACAGACCAGCCUAGCUGGAGAGUCUGCAAGUCCUGAGUUCUUAUCCCAGCUCCACCAUUCUCUGGCUGUGUGGCCUUUGGUAAAUUAGCCUCUCUGAACUUGAGCUUCCCAGUCUUUGAAAAUGAUUAUGAUGUCUCACAAAGGGGUUUUGAGAGUUAAAUGAAAUGCUGGGUAUAAAGCCUUUAGUGCCAAGCCUAGAGUAAAACAAAAGAUAAUAUUUCUUUUAAAAGAGAAAAAAAGAAACCUACAGAGAGUUUCUCUUCCCAGAAUACAUCCUUGAGAAGAACAGAACAACAUUGCAAGAGGAAACCCAAGCUCUGUGGAAACAUCAACCAUUGUUGUUAUUCUCCAAGUACAUAAAGUAGACGUGGAUUAAAGGUGGAAUUUGGGGUGUUGGAGGCUGGAAAGAAAAAGAGCCUGAGAUCAGUAGGACACCUGUGGAUGUGUCCCCACUCUGUCAUUUUUGUUACUAACUCCGUAACCAGCCAAAAACAGGGCCCUUCCUAUGUCUGGCUUCACGUUCCCCAUUUGUAAAAUGAGGGGGUUGGGCCAUCUGACUUCAGAGGGCACAUCUAUCUCUAAAGCUCCAGAAUCUCAGAAGGAUCAAGAAUGGCAGAAGAAGAAGAAUCAAAGAUCUAGUCAACUGACCACAGAUUCUAGAAGGGCUGGGUUUUUUUUUUGUUUUGUUUUGUUUCUUUUUUUUUUUUUUUUGCUUUGUUUUGUUUGGGGUAAUGCACUCUGAAAGGUAACUUUAGGCUGGAAUAACAGAUUUUCUGGGAUAAGAAUGUUCAGGUGGGACCCAAGGACGGUCUUCAAGAACCUGGAGAGGAUGUGCAUCUGGAAGCAGGGGUAAGCUGGUUCUGUGUGAUCUGAGGUUGCAAGGCAGGCCCACCCCAUUUUAGGAGUGACCAAUCUGACAAGCAGAGGAGUCUUCCCCACAUGCUUCAAAACACAUUCUCUAGCUUCAUUCAGGUCUCUAUCCACAUAUCACCUCCUCAGGUCUCUACUUCUAACCCUCACCUAACUCAAUGUCUGUCUCUGACUAUCCAGUAUAAAAUGCCACCUCUGUCACUCUCUAGGCCUUCACCUGCGUCUGCCUUUCACACUGCUCUACAAGCCAUCAUAUGUUGUCUGACUCCCUCCAGGGAAUGUCAGCGCCACCAGAGCAGAACGUUUGUUUGCUUCAACUGCUGAAGCAAACAAAACAGCUCUUAAAACAGGGCUUUAAACAUAGCAGAUUCUACACAGAUAUUUGUGGACCUCUCCCUAAAAAAAAAAGGAAAAUAAGUCCUAAGGUCAGUCAGUAAGUAUAGUAUUCUCCUUUGUCCUGGUGAACAGAACCUGAAAUUAAAUACUUCAUUUCUAAUUGUAAACAUUCAGAACUCAACCUGUGGAAGAGGAAAGAAAAUGAAGGAGCAGACGAUCAUCCCCUUAUUACUGAAAAAUUUCCCCUCUAUACUAAAAACUUUCCCUCCCCUGCCCAGGGAGGGCAGGGAAGAUCACGUGGGGAUCUGAGCUGAGAACAGGGGUUCUCUUCUGCAGCAUAUUGUAACCUGUGAAGGAUCUCCCCUUUAUUCUGGAGGCCCUGUGCUGGCCUUGGAUGAGGCUUUGAAGGCCUGAAUAUUCAGGAACUGUCCUGAAAUUUCCCCUCUUCCGCAUCCAGCAGGCCUGCCACUUUCAGGAACUGUCGAUUGUCCAGGGAAUAUAAACAAAAGAACAAAGGCAAAGUUGGCUCCUUGAAAGAGAAAAAAAAUCUCAGACUGAACUGAAUAUAUAACCCACUGGGAAUUUAAACACCAGAGUGGUAUGUAGGAGGAACCUGAUUACAAACUCUGGGGAGAGGUCCCAAGAAACCAAAGAAAUUCCAUCCUGGUUCUCAGCUCCUGUUCAUAAGAAUUUCAUAGAAGGGGAAUGAGUCUCCAGAGCUUGAGCUUCUAGCAUAGCAACCCUGCUGCCAGUUGCCUCUGUUUGCUCUGAGAUAUCAGAAGGGAGACUCCAAGCAAGCUGGCUUUGAUUUAUCUAAAUAUAGUCUCUUUUCCGAGAGUACAGUGCAUCAAGCAAGGAGUCCUGGGGCCAGGAUGGCAUCUGGCAUUUUUACUUUAUGAGCUGCAUGGCUUUUGGCACGUUCCUUUCCCUCUGCAGGCCUCAAUUUCUCCCUCCAUUGCGAAAGGAAUCCAGACAGCAUUUGAGCUCCUUUUUCUCUGUUCCUUCAAACUCCGUUGUCUGAGGCCUCCAAGGCUUCAGUGUAUUUUCCUGACCUGUCCUGUUCAUCCUCUAUACUUCCUUUUCUGUUUGCAGAGAAACUCUCCCUGGCUUAAUGUGGAAUUGAACCCCAGAAUGUGGAGCAGCUCUGAGUCUCAGUCAUAGACACCUAGGAGGACUCUCACUGCUGGUCAGACAAGUGCCUGGACUUUGGGUCACCAUCCCUCUCUCUUUUGACACCACUGCCUGUUUUGCUAAGUUCCCCUCCAUGGCAUGUGACAAUGUGAUGUCCCAAGGGAGAAAAGCUGCCCAAGAAGGGCAGCUUGGCUUUGGGUGAGAAGGUGGUGUUCUCCCAGCAUAUGACUGAGGCUAUAAGGGGAUGCUUGCCUGCUGAGCACCAUCACUUUCCUUGCUUAGAAAUGGAAAUAAGAAGAAUCCUGUUCAUCUCAAGACUUUAUGGGAAUCAGAUGAGAAGAGGUUCUGGGGAAAACUUUGAUUUGCUAUUUAGACACUUGAGUCCAAGAUUUCCAGCCACUGCCUUGACCUCCUACCUCUCCGGCAUGCUAUCUCUUCACUUCACCCACCCGGGUAACCUCUUCAGCAAUAACAGAGCACCUUACAGUAUGGGCUCUGGAGUCGCACUGCUGGGCGUUUCCCACUGGCUCUACUCUCACCAGCUGUGUGAUCUUAGGCAUGUUAACUGCCCUCUCUGAUCUUCAGUUUUCUCAACUGAAAGUGGGGAUAAAACAGAACCUACCUCAAGGGUUGCUGUGAGAUAAUGUAUGAAAUGCACUUGGCACAGCACCUAAGAUACAUUCCUACUGCUAUUAUUUCUUUGAAGAUUCUCAGCCCGUUAUCACUGAUAGGAUCAGUGGGAGACUGAAUAUAACUAAUGUGACCAGUAGGCAUCCUGAACACUGGCAACUUAGUCGAGGUGUGGUCCACAGACCUUUGGCAGUCCUCCACAUCCUUUCAAGAGGUCCACAAUGCCAAAAUUAUUUUCAGAGUCAUACUACUUGGCCUUCUUCCACUGUGCUGACAUUUGCACUGAUGGUGCAAAAGCAAUGGUGCCCAACUGUGCAAGUGGUCAUUGUAUUCUUUACCCUGAUGCAUGCCCGGUGGGGGCAGGAGGGAGCCAGUUUCAUUUAAAAAUGUCUUGUAUUAAGCAGUAAAUAUUGUUAUUUUUAUUAAAUUUUGACCCCAUUUUUACUUGAAAGAAUGACUAACAGACAAACUGAUUAUUCAGAUGUGGGCAUGUAGCAGAUAUUUCCACAGAAAUGAAUGAAGUAAGCCUAUCGCUUCAAGAAUAAUCACUACUGAUAUUUGUUGCCAAUGACAAAAUUCAAGCUUUCAAGUAAAUUUUAGAAAGCUUAUAUCUGCCACCGCACACUUGUCAGCUUCCCAAUAAUUGAAGAUAUUGUAAAUAAGAUUGAUAGUAAUAUUAAUUAAUAUGUUUUUUUUUAUUGUAGAAUGAAAUAUAUCAACAUUUGGAAGACCUGCCUAACUAAUAUUUUUCCAAUGAUUAAUGUACAAUGUUACAAAAUCAUGCCAGGGUAAAAGAUCCUUUUAAAGUGUAAGUUGGACGAAUGAAUCGACUAAAGAAAAGUUCGUUGACAAGGUUGCAAAUUUUGCAUUGCAACUAACCUUUCAGAAACUGCCACAGCGUUCCAUGUAAUAUCAAAGAAAAAUAUCCAUUACUAUUUGAGAUCGCCAUUAAAAUAUUCCCCCCUUGUCCGGCUAUGCCUCUGAGUGAGGCCAGAUUUUAUUUAUAUACUUCAACAAAACAUCUCAUUGCAACUGAUUAAAUGCAGAAUCAGAUGAGAAUCAGGCUAACUUCUAUUAAGCCAGAGGUUGAAGAAAUAAGCAAAUGUAAAAUAAUGCCAUUUUAUGAAUAUUAUUUUUGGUUUUUGAAAAAUUUUCAUCAGGAAAUGUUAAUUAUGUUCCCAUGUCAUGGUUUUAUUUUUGUUACUUUUAAAUGAAUUAAAGCAAUAUUUUAAAUUUUA